AUGCCACUCGGCAUCCAGCGUCUCAAUGCAAAAAAGACCCAUCCAAACGACCGCAUUAUCUUCAUCAAACCACUCAAGGGUAAAAAUGAAGCCAGAGCCCAAGAGUUUCUAGAGCGAAUAGCAGCUCAAUGCCUACCCAUCAUGCGAGAACACCACCUCUCCAUCACCACCCUAGAAGAAUACGAGCCCAACCGCGAGUUCGUCGGCCGCAACUUCAAUGCCGGUGAGAUCAUCCAGCUCGUCCUCCGAGCCCCCGGCCGCCGCGGCGGUGGCUCCUCCUCCACCCGCUGGUUGCCCUUUGCCUACGUGCAGAUGGUCAUGAUGCAUGAGCUCGCCCACUGCGCGCAGAUGAACCACAGCCGGGCCUUCUGGGCCGUGCGGAACCUGUAUGCGGACCAGAUGCGCGGGCUCUGGGGGCGCGGAUAUACGGGGGAGGGCAUGUGGGGGCCAGGUGCGCUGCUGGGAACGGGGGCUUGGGAGGCUGGGGGUGGCGCGCUGGUGGCGGGGGAUGAGGAGCUGCCGGAGAGCCUGUGCGGUGGGACUUUCAGGUCGAGGAGAAGGAGGAAGAGAGGUAGGAAGGGUGGUGCCGGUGGCGGGGAGGAGCUGAGCUACCAGGAGAGGAAGCAGAGGCGGAUCGAGAAGAAGUUUGGCAAGAACGGUGUCGCGCUCGGAGCUGAUGACGGCGUCAAGGCCAGGCUUGAGAAGGGAAAGCGGACACGGGCGGCGCCGAGGGUGGCAGGCAGUAACAGGGGAAGAGAGUUGAGGGCCGCGGCCGCACUGGCCAGGUUCGAGCACCAAAAAGAAGAGCCUCAGGAUGAGGGACCCAAGGUGAAGAAAGAGGAGGGGAACAGUGGCGACAGUGAUGAAGAGAGCGACUACGAGGAUGGCGCCGACAUCGAUCCCACAGCAGACGACGCAGUUGACCUCGACGGGAAGAAAUUGGUCGACGACAAGGGCAAUCACAUGGUGAAGGUCUGCGAGGACGAGGAUCCCGACGACGAGGAGGCUGCCAAUGAGAUGAAGGAGCUUCAGUCUUCCAUCACGGCAUACUUUGCCCCCAGCAGGAGCAAGCCUGCCGAGGAUAGAGAACAAGAAGAGGCCCCCGCCAAUCCCGCGGCUCCGCAAUCUAGCCGAGAGAUAUUCGCUGGGGAGGAUUCUAUCGGUCCACCCCGCAGGUCACCAAGGAGAGACAAUCGACCUCGGACGGCUCGACGCACGUGUGGCUCCUGUUCCUUUGCGAAUGAAGCUUACACUGUGACGUGCAGUAUGUGCUCAAACGUCCUUGUCCCAGAGAGCGUUCCUGGGACCUGGAGCUGCCAGAGUGCUUCCUGCAGAGGGGGCAAUUAUCUCAAUGCUGGGGACUGUGGCACUUGUGGUGUCUGUGGACAGCGCAAGGAUGCUGCUGCCGCCGCUGCUGCCUGCUGA